CAUUCUUCAGGAGAUGGGCUUCAGCUGGGCGCAGAGCUCCGAGGCGCUGAAGACACACGGCACGUUAGAGGAAGCUGUGGAAGCUCUGUUCGGGGGGGAAGACGGUAAACUCUGUCCUGGAGGUAAACGUCUGGAAAUGUUUCCCACAGCUGGAAAGCAACUGUCACUACAUUGUUCUGAUGUCGGGGCCAGUCGGGUGGACUUGGAGCCCCCUGUGGUGCAGGAGGAAGAAGACGACGAUGAGGGCGAGUGGACCGUCCGCCAGGCAAACCGUCCCAGAAUGCAACAGGUCAAGGAGUCUGAUGCUUUUGGCCACAGCAGAUCCAAUUCUCAGUCGCCCACGCCUCAUUCCAGGAAUGCAAUGAAACUAGAUCUCAUGUCUGUUUGGGUGGGAUCCUUAGCUCCGACUGUCACCUACUCCACCCUGCACGACCUCUUCAGCCGAGCGGGGACGGUGUACAGCAUCAAGAUGCUCCUGGAGCAGCAGUGUGCCUUUGUGAACUACGCCAAAAAGGAAGACUGCGAUCGAGCUAUCCAGUGUAUCAAUGGCCUGGUGGUAGAGGGCGCUCCGCUCUCUGUGAGAUAUCCCAACAGAUUCACUGGACUCGGGGCUCCCAGAUCAGCUGCCUCUGACCCCUACACACGCCUCGGCCUGUUCAAGAAGGAGUGUUUCUUCUGGAGGACCUCGGGCUGCACGAGGCAGGACUGCACCUUCAAACAUCUCCCCGAGAACAAGAACGUCGACAAGGACAAGUUCACCAGCAGACUGGGGAACUUUAACAUGUAGGAAAUCAAACAUGACAAGCAUGCAUUGAUUCCUUUGACUUUGGACACAAUGGUGGUGCCAAAUCUGGGCUGACUUUAGCCCUCUGGUUCCUCUUGGUUUUGGUUGUAAAAGAAAAAAGACUAAGAGAAUGCACCAUGAAGGCCCACCAUUGUUGUACAAAUGCAAAGGACAUCAAGCUAAAUAUACUACUGCUUCAUAGUAAUAAUUAAUGUACAUCAAGCUUUGAGCAUUACUUUUGCAGUAGGACUUUUUCAGGGAUUAUUAGAGAUUAAUCUGUUUAAAGAUUGUGUUAAAAGACUUGAUUUUUAAGUUGCUGCUUUGCUUUGUUUUAAAAUGAGCAGAUGUUCCUGUUGUUCUUCAGUGACCACUAGAUGGCACUGUUACCUUUUAGCCCUCAGCUACUAACACUUUAAAGGCUGUGAUAGAAGUAGUUAAGCUGUCAGCACAUUUAAUGCGCCAUGUUUGAUUUUGAAGCUACUCUGUCAUUUUGAUUGCUGUGUUUGUUUUAUGUGUUUGCUGAUUAUUUUGUCAUUAUUGUUUAUGUUUUGUUAUGCCAUAUCUGUUGGAGAAGUGCAGUGAUGUUUGGACAGAAGAACGUGCCUUUUAGUAGCACUUUAGCUGCAGUUUAUUUAUACCUUAUUUAAAUGUCUUGUCAUACAUUAACAUAUUAAGUAAAAUACCUGGACCCUAAUAGCAAGAAUAAUAUAGUCAGCCCUUUAUGUAAAGUGAUCAUUUGUGAGCAGGUUAUUGAAGCCUCAGCAUGUUACUCUUAGUCAUUUGGGAUAUCAGUGAGUUCAGAGGAAGUUUUUCUCCGCCCCACCACUAAAACAUCAGAUUAAUCCCUCCAGCAGCUGUGGAUCCUCUUGCAGCGUCCUUGAGCGGGAGGCUUGUCUCAGGUCAGCCUGAGUUAGAGUAAAGUGCCAGUUAAACGCUUUGAAAAGUAUUUUCCCUGAGAUGUUAUCUGCAGCGAGGUUAUUCUAAGCCUCAAAUGCCUCCCAUGCCUUGUGUCCUCUCCGAUAAUGUGGGAGGGAUUUUUGUGGAUUUCUCCCGUAAUGCCCGGCAGGUUUUUGUUAUUUGCCUCGAGCUGUUCAAAGUCACUUUUGUGACUAUGCAAUGUUUUGGGCUGGGAGUUACACAAUUCUCCCAAAGAGCUGAACCUAAGAACGAGGUAGAAAAGCGCUUAGUGCUGACCUCACAGCUGUACUCCUGGGCAUUAAUUGGCUGAUGGUGGCAUACCUCACAAAGCCCCUCUGAUCUGUGUGAGAUUGAAAGCACGAAAAGCCUGUAAUACUAAUAACAUGAACUCUGGUUGAACCCGUAGAAAGCACUGAGACAUAAAAUGGGUCUAUAUUUAAUCGUAUUGGUCCGCUUAGCUCUGCCCUCGCUAGAAAACCUGUUUUACAUGCAGAUACAACUGAUAAGAGGUUAGCGUUCAUCAACAUCCCGCAACUCCCGAGGCUUUGCACAAAGCUGAUCCCUUACUUAACUAAAGCAAACAUCGGGAAGAUUAAGUGCAUCUUGUUAAAAGGCUGCCUGGUUUGUAGAGCUUCCAAUAGAUUCCUCUCCAGCAGGAAACAGAACCAGCAGACAUGACAUGGUGCUCUCCCACUCCUCUGUGCUUUCUGAUAUAUAGCUAUGCAGCAAAAAAAAAAAUCCUCCUCCCUCUGCAGAGAAGUUUUGAGUCGGAGUGCAUUGCUUUUAGCGCAGGGAUUCAUAAUCACAUUUUUAUUCUAGUUCCAUGCUCCGCUGGUAAAUAAACUAUUAAUGUGACAUGAGGGAGAAGCGGACUGCGUAUCAAACGUCUGAUUGGUUUCUCAGGUUUCUCGCUGCAGCUUCAUAACCCUCCCUGCAGGCUGCUGCUGUUUGCUUGUACUUGUUUUAAAGGAAUGCCACUUCAGACAAACCAGUGUGUAUUUUGGAGCAACUUAUUUGUGGUUUAUUUACAACAAAUUCUUGCAGGAACAUUUACAUAGCCAGAAAAGCUAUUCACUAAUUCAGCUUGUUUUGAGGGGUGUGGUUCCUUUAUAAACUCCAACAGGUUUUGGUUUAUUUUAAUGCAGACAUUUCUGCCUGAUGUUUGGUCUGUGCUCUGGUUUAAUGUUGGUAUGCUGCUGUGCAAUAGUCAAGAUUCAGCGAUAUUCAAAAGUCUGAAUUAAAGACACAACUUAAUGCUGUUAACAAAUGUGUUCACAAGGUGUUGAAAUCUGAAUGAAAGAUUUUUUUUAACACUUUUAUUUAUUACGGAAUAAUUGCAGUUAUAGAUAAAUGUUCUAAACCUACUUUAUUUUUCAGGAGACUUAAGAUUUGUUAACUAGGAGACUAUGCCAAAACCAAACAGAAUAGUUUGAGUCCUGUUAUAUAUAUAUAACGCAGAGAUAUAUUGAAUUUCCCUCAAUUAUAAAUAAUUUGCAAGCUCAAGUUUUUGUGUUGAGUUUUGUUUGCACUUUAAAUUCUGUCAGAAAUCUGUUAUAUAAACAUCCAGAUGGUGUCGAAAAAGUGCCUCCAUAGUAUUAAUUUUUUUAAGUGUUGAUGUAUCAUUUGGACCAAACUAUUGUGUCUGCAGAUUGUAAUGUGCAUAAUAUCUGAUAUCAACAAGAUGUUAUGAUGGUGGACUCACACAAUAGAUGGGGGGGGGGGGCAUCUGCUUCCCUGCAGCUUCUCCUCAACCCUUUUGCAGGAUUCCUUUGUUGCUCUGUGAAAUGAAUACAGUAAUUGUCACAAUGAAAAAUUGACCUUCCCUUUAAUCUAGACUGAGGCCCCCUUAACAAGUUAAAAUAGCGAAAACCCAAUUAGGGAAUUGAUUGCUUGCUUUCAUUUUCCUCAUUUGCAUCAGGGUCAUAUAUAGCGGAAGAUAAAUGAAUGUCUAUUCUUUUGUCCACAUUGUCAUUCCUGGUGGUGCAGUAUCUAUUGCUAAGAAAUGAGCGGGAGAGAAGUCUUUUGUCUACCCUCUUCCACACCAACUCAUCUCUGAUAAUCUGCUGUUAAACACAGAAAGAAAGACUUACAGAAGAUUCAUGAAUCCUCCCUCUUUCACACUGAUGGGCAAACACAUUAC